AUGUCGACAACAGAAGCAAGUGCUGGGGUAGGAGGAGCAAUAGUAGGUGGAAGUGCUAGUGGUUCAUUGGUUAAAUAUGGUGAUGAGGAUAUUAACGUGGGGUUUGGAGGUAUUUCACUCGGAGGCGAGGCAGGAAUAGGUCUGGGAGGUGCUACUCUUGGUUAUUCAGCAAAUUUGGAUGUGGCAAACUUACACACAAAGCAGGGCAUCCGAGCAAAUGUUGGAAUUGAUGGUGGUAGUAAUUUUACAGCCGGCUCUGGUGGUGUAGAAGUUAAAGCAGUCGGUUUUGGGCUUAGCGUUGGGAAAAAAAUGGGAAUAAGCACGCCUCUAGGAGGAAUAUCAAUUGAUUUUGAAGAAACUUGUAAUCAGCAAUAA